GGUUUGGCCUCGCUGAUGUCGUCCAGUGUGUGUGUGUGCACAACUUAGAAGGGCUGAGGGCACCGUGUCUGGGUUAACUCAGGAGAAUCACUGUAAGCAUGACUACUGCGCAUCGUUUGGUUAUCGUGCGCCACGGCGAGAGCGUCUGGAACCAGGAGAACCGCUUCUGCGGCUGGUUCGAUGCCGACCUCAGCGAGAAGGGUAUGGAGGAGGCCAAGCGCGGGGCCCAGGCCAUCAAGGACGCGGGCCUCAAGUUCGAUGUGUGCUACACCUCCGUGCUGAAGCGUGCCGUCAAGACCCUGUGGACCAUCAUGGAGGGCACGGACCAGAUGUGGCUGCCGGUGAUCCGCACCUGGCGCCUGAACGAACGCCACUACGGAGGCCUCACCGGCCUCAACAAGGCUGAGACGGCUGAAAAGCACGGAGAGGAGCAGGUGAAGAUCUGGCGCCGUUCGUUUGACACUCCACCUCCACCCAUGGACAAGGACCACUCCUACCACAAAAUCAUCAGUGAGUCCCGGCGCUACAAGGGCUUGAAGCCCGGCGAGCUGCCCCUGUGCGAGUCGCUGAAGGACACCAUCGCCCGGGCUCUGCCUUUCUGGAACGACGUCAUCGCUCCCGAAAUCAAGGCUGGGAAGAACGUUAUCAUCGCUGCCCAUGGAAACAGCCUCCGUGGAAUCGUCAAGCACUUAGAGGGUAUGUCCGAUGCAGCCAUCAUGGAGCUCAACCUGCCCACGGGAAUCCCGAUCGUGUACGAGCUGGACGCGAACCUGAAACCCGUGAAGCCCAUGGCUUUCCUCGGCGAUGAGGAGACCGUAAAGAAGGCCAUGGAGGCCGUGGCCGCUCAGGGCAAAGCCAAGAAGUAAACCUGGAGGAGGCAGAAAAAAAGAGACUCGUCCCUCCCUCCACCCUUCGUCCGUCAACCUUUCCUCUUCCACUCAUCCAUCCUUGUAGUCCAUUCCAACAGCAGGAUUGAUUAAUGGUUCUUUUGGAGACGGGCCAUUUCCAGCACCUCAGCCUUGUUUGUUUAAUCGACAGACGGAGGGAUGACCUGUCAAUCAACGCAGGCAGCCCGGCCUCACACUCAGCCCUUUUUAAAUUGUGGCAUAGCCCUAUUUUGUGGGCCCCACCGCGCUGACACAACCAAUAAAGAAACCAUAUUUUUACGUA